UCUCCACCUGGUUCAGUAACAUCUGGCCCUGUAGAUCCAACUUCUCCACCUGGUUCAGUAACAUCUGGCCCUGUAGAUCCAACUUCUCCACCUGGUUCAGUAACAUCUGGCCCUGUAGAUCCAACUUCUCCACCUGGUUCAGUAACAUCUGGCCCUGUUGAUACAACUUCUCCACCUGGUUCAGUAACGACAACUUCAAGACCAGUUACUGGCACAUGUCACAAUGGUGGUACUUUUAAUGGACAUACGUGCAUCUGUUUCCUUGGGUUUUCUGGAGCCAUGUGUGAAACUGCAGUAGCAGUUGUGCCAGGUGCAUUUAAUCAGACAGUGGUCAUUGACGUGGUCGUCGGGGAAAAUUACUAUGAAGCGUAUGACAACCCAACGUCAGAUGAAUACAAAGGAUUCGUAAAUCGCUUUGUGACAAAGAUGAGACCGAAAUACGAAGGGGUUCCACAUUUCAAAUAUCUUAAUGUGACCGGUUUAAGCCGUGCAGGUCCUGCUUCAACGUUUGAUAUUAGCACUGCAUUGGAGAUAAGAGAAGCCAAAGCAGCGGCGUUCCAUUUUAAAGCAAGCACAGACAAUGUAAAGGUCUCACACAAUGUGGUUCUGGAAGUUAAUAACGGCAACCAGGCAGAACAAUAUCUGGAGGGCUUUGAAAAGGUUAAAGAAAUACUUGAAGAUUUGACAGUUUCUAAUAAUAUCACAGGUUUCACAGCGACCGAAAAAGACCUAGACAUGAAAGGUCUAUGUGAGAAUGCACUGCAGGGCUCGGGUAUAGCUGAAUACUUCAGUCCUUAUCAAUUAAAAAAUGACACGAUCGUUUGCAGAAGCAGAUGUGACCAAGAGCAUAGUGAAACUAUACAGUGCCAUAACGGGGGGAUCUGCAACAUCUACAAAGCUUUGGGAGAGAUCUGCAUAUGUAAAAAUGUGAAUGACACCUGGUACUUGGGAGAGGACUGUAACUUUCCCAUACAGAAAGUUGCAUUUUAUGCAGGGCUAAGUGUGACCCUUGCUGUCCUGCUGGUUGCUGUGGUAACCCUGGUUGCAUAUGCUGUUGUCAACAAACACAAACACACAAAAAAGAAAGACAUGAAGCAGAAAUUGGUGAACCAGUGGCUGGACGAUGACUAUGAAUGGACCAGAGCUGCAAGUCCAAUAGGCCAAUAUGGAGCAAAAAACGGAUCAGUUAUGCGCGGGAACCAGCAGACGCCUUUCACAUAUGGCAGCAAUCGGUCCAACCCGACAGAACGCAUGCCGCAGAACCAGCACAGACAAGACUCGUUCUUUCCUAAUCCUGGAUAUGCCGAGCCUGCCAUCUCACCCUCACCCAACAUGGAUUUCUGGUUCAAUCUGCCGAUGAGGACUGUCAGGCCGGAGACCCGGGGAUCCUGGGAUGUCUAGGCUCAGCAUUGAUUGAUGAAGAAACUCCUUCUUGUUUCUGUUUACUUGUAAAAUUAGAAAGAUCUGAAUGUUUUUUUUUAUUUAUGUGUCUCUGUGGAUGUUUAGAUGCUAGAUUUGAGAUGUUUCUUCUAUAAGCUCUUGCUUAGAGUUAAGUCUUUGUUGAAAAUAUGACAGAUAUUUAAGCUCCAAUCCCAGGUUUUUGUACCUUGGCAAAGGAAAUCUCACCAAAAACAAAUUGUUACUACACAAACAUGUUUGACUAAUCAGCCAGUGUAAUGCUAACAAAGCCUUUGAACAAAGCAAGCAGCUGAUCAGAAAAAAGCAACUGAAGAUUGUGGAACUUGUUUCCAGUCUGCAGACUCAUUCUAAUAAGACACAAUAUCACAAAUCCUGUGAUAUUGUGUGGAUCAACCCAACUGCUUGGUAAAAUACCAGUUCAUGAAAAGCUAUAUGGUGAAAAACAGCUUGAACUGAAUCCUCUCUUCACUUAUUUUCCAUAUCCUGAGUCAGAAUAUGGAGCACAGAUAAGAUUGUAAUUUUUAGUUACUGUUGUAAAAAGCACACUACUAAGUAUUAUUUCAUAAGAUGAGAAUGAAUAAAGUCCUUAUGAUGAUGCACAUUUUACUGAGUGCUUUAAAAGCAGUUUGUUAUGAUCUAGCUGUGCUUUAUGAUGUACUGUAUAUUAAACUGUAUAUGUUCACUUAUUUAUUGAGCAAAGUUGACUCAGAAUCGGUGUCGAUGUGUUGGACCCACACCACAGAGUGCUGUGAUCGUCCUCCAUACAGUUUGGGUGUUAACCCUUCACAGGAUCCUGGCUUUGUAGUUCAGUCCUAAGUUAUUCUUUAUUUUGUUUAGCUCAGCCUUUUACCUGUUUUACUUUAGUUCCAUCUGUUCUAAGUUAUUUUACCCAGAUCGUGUUAUUAAUUUAUUGUGUUUAGUUAUACUUUUUCUCACUUAGAUUCAUAUGUUAAAGCUCCACUGUUUGUGUUUUCCUCCUCUGUGCCGUUUCCCUCACAGCUGCAGUCAGUCAGUAAUGAGUCUCAGUCCAUUGUUUCACCAAACUCUCCCAAUAUUUAACCACUGCUCUUCCUCCCAGGACUUGUUCACACACAGCCAGGUUUCUGAUAAACUCAAUAGACUUUUAUGCGAUUUGACCUCGCAUCAACAUGUAACUUACAUUUAAUAUCACAAAAACUGUUAAUAAUAAAACCUCCAG